GACGUACCUUGUACCUGUACGUUACGAAUACAUCGGCCUAUUCGUGACAUGACUUCAGCGAAAUUGCAGAGGACCCAGGACAGAACGAGACCUGGAAAUGGCAUAAUUUCAACGUCCUUCCCGUGCCCAAAUGCUACAAUGAUCUUUUGAUUAUCAAUUUAUAAAUUCUCAUUCCCUCUGGUGUCUUUUAUUGACGUUAUCAUGGCUGCAGUAAGGACGAUUUUCGAAGUUUUUUCGGUGCUCUUACUCUUCACCAUGUAUGGAUUUUUCAGUGUGCAUUCCGCUGGGGUGAGGCUGCCGUCACAAUCAUUGGUAUAUAAGUGGUCCAAAGAGAUUAGCAGAGAACUUAUCACAAAGCUUGAUGUAGUAACCGGAGCUCAGCGAGUAAAAACGCUGUAUGAAGGGCUGAACUUUCCCCCAGUGUAUGUGAACGGCUCUGAUCUGGUCCUGAAAGUAGCCAACAAGUGGCAGGAAUUGCUACAAGACAAGAUGGUUGCCGUUGAUAGGAUUGUUGUGGCAUUGGAAACGGCCUAUAAGAAGCAUAAAUACAAUGCCAGCAUUAAGGAAGAUGAUGUACUUUACUACAAUGCUAAGAAUGCAUCCAAAAUGCCACUGAAUCUGACGUACUCGGACACGUUCAAGUCCCAAGUUAAUGUCAACCACAGUGCAGUGCAAAUCCCUACCGACAUAUGGGUUGGAGAUAAAACCAUCCUGAAUGGUAUCAAUGCAACUAAUUCAAUUGAUGAAGUCUUCCGCGAGAACUACCAGAAAGAUCCCCAGCUUCUGUGGCAGUAUUUUGGAAGUGCCGAUGGCUUCUAUCGCUCUUAUCCCGCGGCAAAAUGGAUGACAACUACUGAACCCGAAAAAGAUCAAUAUGAUGUACGCCGUAGGGGAUGGUACAUCCAGGCUGCAAGUUCACCGAAGAACGUCAUGAUUCUCAUAGACACGAGUGGCAGCACAUAUGGCAUGACCCUGGAGAUCACCAAGGUGUCCGUAUAUAAGGCCCUGGAUACUCUAGGCAAUGAUGACUUUGUCAAUGUGGCUUACUUCAACUCCACCUCACACAUCGUUGGUUGCUUUGACACCUUCGUUCAGGCUAACUUACGCAACAAAAAUCUGUUGAAAGAGGAAGUGAAGAAACUGUCCUCAUCAGGGCUCGCCGUCUUCAAGGAGGGUCUGGAAAAGGCAUUUGAGGCAUUCAGAAAGUUUGAAGAUGUAGAGAAGGCGGGGCGUGAGAAGCAGAAUCAAGGAGCCAAGUGCCACCAGGUCAUCCUCAUCUUCACCGACGGGGGAGAGGCAGACGAACGUCUGAUCUUUGAGAAGUACAAUGACCCAGUCAGUAUCCGAGUGUUUGUCUUCAAAGUGGGAACAGACUCCAUGGUACCGGCAGAUGGCGUUCGAGAAAUGGCCUGCUCAAACAAAGGAUACUUCAGCAAUAUCCAGUCAUUUGGAGCUGUCAGACUUACAACCCUGGAUUAUGUGCCGGUCCUGAGUCGUCCCAUGGUGCUGAGUGGGAGGAAACACUUCCAGUGGUCUGACAUCUACCUGGAUGUACUGGGCUUGGGAAUGAUGACAACGCUGACAAGACCUGUUUACAACAAGACCGGAGAAAAUAAUGUUAAUUCAACCAAGCAGAAUCAGCAAAUGUUGGCCGUGGUGGGGACGGACAUCACCACAAAGAACAUGGAAGACACCGUGCCCCAGAGAAAGCCUCAACUAAACGCCACAUAUGGGCAAGCCAUUGGACCUGAGGGGUAUGCCUUUGGCAUCAAUAGCAACGGUUACAUUCUGCUCCAUCCGAGGCUGAAGGCUGAGGAGGAGAUUGAGGCUAUACUGGAGUUGGGGUAUUUGACUGAACCACCCAAUGUUGAUUUCUUGGAAGUGGAGUAUGAAAUCCCUGAAAAAACUGAGCUACGGAUUAACAUGAUUGAUCAGAAGACUGGACAAACCACUAUGUACACCCCCAUUAUGUCCAGAGAUGAGAGAUACCUGGAGUUUGUGAACAUGACCUACUCUUACACUUUCAUCGAGAACACCACAUUUAGUGUUGCCAUAGCACAGCCGAACUUUGGCCUGUGGGAAUGGGGUGUAUCUAACGAUUUUGACCUCGGAGUAGAAUUUGAGGCCAUUAACAUCAAGCGGGAUGACAGGUCUUUGCUGAUUGCACCAUGGGUGUUUUGUGGCGAUCACAUCGGGCAAGAAGGGAUGCUCGCCACAUACAACAUCACCAAGUCCAUACAGGAGGCCAUCAAAGACCUGGCAAACAAUGACAACUUUCUUGAACAAUGUGACAACACCAUGGUACGCAAGCUUCUGGUUGAUGCCAAUGUCACCAAACAGGUUGUUGAGUACUGGAAGAAUGCACAGGAAAGCAAUUCUGAGAACUUCAAGGGAGUCAUAUUCAAUGCGAUAGCAACACACGGUGGCUUGACCAGAAUCUACCCAAGCAGCAUCCCAGAAGAGUGGACAGAGGAAGAGAUUGCAGCUUUCCAGGAUCCUUGGGAUCAGCCUUAUUACCACAGGGCACUAUACACCAACAAUUAUGUCUUUGCUGCCCCCUACAACUCAGAUGGUGUGACUCUGCCGGUCAAUGAAUCAUACUGGACACCUGUCAUGGUCAGUAAGGCAGUGCGCAUGACCAAGGACAUCACACACGCAGUGGUUGCUGUCAGUCUGGAUCCUGGUGAGUUCAACGACAUGUGGAUAGGCCGAACGAAAGAGGCAUACUACACUUUUGAGAGUGAAAAACAGUCAUGCUUGAAUGAGAGUGUCCAGUGCUACUUGCUCGACGACGGCGGAUUUAUCGUAGCAACCAACCAGGAAGUUUACCAGAGACAUGUGGGUAGUUUCUUUGGGCUUAUUGACGGCGACGUGAUGCUGGAUCUCAAAAACAAAACUGUUUACGACCUGAUGACAAUGAACGAUUUCCAAGCAGCAUGUCCCAGACAGAAAGAUGGAGCAGGAUCGUCUGGCCCCAGAACGGCAAGCGUGCCCACUCUCUCUGAUGUGAUGAACUUCAACACUUGGGCCGUCACAGCGGCAUGGUCCUUCCUUCGUCAUUUUCUGUAUGACAUGCUCUUCCUUGGCAUCAGUGAUUUGACCAGCACCUACGUAGAAGCAGAGGACAUUGAAGCCUCGGCCAACGUCAGCUGCAUCAAGAUCCUGAAGCAGUACUUCUACGGUGAUGCCUGGAACACCAGCGGCCUGAUUGACUGCGGGGACUGCUCCAGGUUGUGGCACGCAGUCCGCAUCCACGGGACCAACCUGCUCCUGGUGGUGACCGAAGCUGGCUGUGAAGCUUGUCCCAACCAACUGGUCACCCAAGCACCGGAGGAACCAGGACCUGGUGAAGGUCCCAACCCAUGCGAAGCAGCCAAACAUCCCCGCUAUCGCAAGAGACCCACCGAACACUGCUACGAUUUCAGCCCCAAUGAGUCGUAUACCGAUUGCAGUUCGGCGUCCGUCUUGAGAUUGAAUGUGGGCCUUCUCCUAGCCCUUCAGCUUCUGCUCCUCAUCGCGACCAGGGAGAUUUAAAUCGGCUUCAAGGCUAGACAAGGUCACGCAAUUCCCGGCAAAUCACCUUCCCACAGUAAAUCGAGAAAUGUAAUCAAAUCCAGUCACAGCUGCUAAGAACUUUCUUGACGGGCCUUUUGGCUCAGUGCAGUGAUCUUGUCAGCAAGAAAUUGUAUUCUUUAGUCAUUUUCCUGGUGUGGUUUAUACAAAAAUCAUUAUGAGAAAAAAAGUGAAAUUUUUAUAUCAAAAUUUGGUGAAGGAAGGCCCUGAGUGUGGCAUGUGUUAAUUUGUGUUGGUUCCUUUUGUAAAAACACUUUGUUGUAAAAUAUGUUCAUAUGCAAACUUUAAAAUGACUUGGGCAAGGACCUUCAGAAAGUCAAAAUACUGUGAAUCGUCGGACUGAUCCAUUUUGGAAACUUAAUCACAAAACAUCUAAUCAACGGAAACUGUAUCAGACGUUAAAGCCAUCAGCUCAGCGUGUUUGUAUUUCAUUAUUCAAAACACAUGCCAACAGCUUUGUGCUGAUAUAUAGUCAAGUCCUGUGUGUCUCGCAUUUAUGCGGUGUUGUUCAAUCAUUGUAUCGCUGUGUUCGUAUUCUCAAAUUUACAAUUAGUACUUAGGUGUGAAGACUGCAUAGAUGCAAACCUAAUCAGAGUGACAUUUACUCCGUGCGUAUACUCUUCGUUUUUUGAAAUACUCAUAUAUUGUCAACAGCUUUGUACUCUCUCUGCAUUUGAACCCUGAGCCUUUGUAGGUAUUGUCCCAGCGCCCUGCUGAAUUCUGCAGAGAGAUUAAAAAAAAGUUGCCAGAAAGAUUCUCAACUCAAGUCGAAGCUGAGCACUCUCUGUGGGGUUGGGUUUCUUUUAAUUCACGAGAGAAGGAUUACAAUGGGGGGGUACUGAUUCAUUCCCCUUGUGAUAUUUGCCUCUCGAAGCUGAUUCAUAGGUUACGUGAAUUUGGUCACAAGUCUCUUAUGAGGGAAACGGCAGAUGUUGACUGGAGCUACAACUGCCGACAUCAUGGCAUCGGCUCCAACUUUGCUUUCUCUUCAAGUAUGAGCCAAUCUUUAAGAAUGUGACUCUACUGUACAUAUAUAACGAGCAAAUGUUUAAGCGCUAUGGCAAUCCUUCCCGUACAUGUCGUAGGCCGUAAACCAAGUUUUAUAUCGUGUGCAAUAUUAUAGGCGUGCACAUCACCGUCGCUUUUCACUUUUCGAAUUCAGGAAUUUCGCAAACAGUACUUGUGCCAUUGUAGAGUUAGUUGUGUAGCUUGAGUGCUAGAUUACCACUAGAAUUUCUAUAUACAUAUUUAUUUCCUGCCCAUUAAUCAUCUCUAAUCUUUUUUGAUGUAUUCAUGAAUUGAAAUUGAAAUAUAUCUGUAUCUUGUAUUCAUCUCGGAUAAGCAAAAAACCAAAAAAGUGCAAGAUUAACUUUUAAAAAUAUCUUUAAAUCAUAUUCUGGGUAAUCAAAAUUGUUUCCUCUGAAACGUUUACCAAGGUUCUUUCUGUGCAAGUGCAAGUGUUUAAACAAGUCGUCGUUUCGUUCCGUUUUAAUCAAGUGUCUGUGUUUUUCUAAUUGGUGUUUGGCGCAGCUGGCACGUUUAUUUGUUGAAGACAUCUUGAAGCAUGGUCUUUCAGUGGUUUAGAGUAUGACAUACUUUGAGUAAAUCGGUCUAAACGCACCACAUCGGCCUUUUGCAAUAGUUAUUUCGCCUGAAUUAUGAUUUGUAAAGGUCGUGAAAAUCAUGCUUGCGCGAGUGACAGAACGCUUACAGUUUUGUUAUUUAAUGGGAGUUUUGUGGAUUAAGUUUCAAACAGUUUUGAAAUAUACUGGUUGCCUUGGCUGUAUAUAAUAUUUGUUAAAGAAUUUUAUUUAUUAUUUAAUAUACGGUGGUUUUUUUUUCGUUGCUUUUCAGAUAGUUACAGCUUCGUCGAAAUAUUGAUAUUGUUUGGUAAUGGUACAGUAGGGAUGUACGGAUACACUGAGGAUUUCCGUUGGUCUCUUAUGUCUUGGUUUUUAUAGAGUUGUGCAUAAAAUCUGAUUUUUUAAUGUACUCAGAAACUGUAAAGACUUUGAUUUUAGCUCAAUAAAUGAUGUGUACCUUCGUAACCCCCAGGCGAAAAUACUGUA